CAGCUUUUUUGACAUUGCAUAGUUUUUAUAUGCAAAAGAAAAAUCUGAGAACCUUGUUUAUGUCCACUGAAUGGAAUGAGAGUGUCUAUGCAAAGGAAACUCUUAGGAAAGAAGUUGCGAGACACAUCAUCAGUCCAUAUUUUUGGAAUGACACUGUUCAAGCACUUAGAGUUGGUGGUCCUUUAAUUAAUGUACUUCGUAUGGUGGAUGGGGAGAAAAAACCACCAAUGGGCUACAUUUAUGAAGCCAUGGAUAGGGCCAAAGAAAGUAUUGAAAAGGCAUUCAAUUAUGAUGACAGGAAAUAUAUGAAUGUUUUCAAAAUCAUUGAUGCAAGGUGGACGGAUCAACUUCAUCAACCUUUACAUGCAGCUGGACAUAUUUUGAACCCGGGGCUCUAUUAUAAAAAUAAUGAGAUGAAGACUUUAACCGAAGAAGUGUGGUUGGGAUAUCAUGCAUGUGUUGAGAGGAUGAUCCUAGAUAAAACUUUACAAGACAAAAUAGGGGAUGAGCUUGGUGUGUACAUGAAAGCUGAUGGGCUACUUGGAAUUGAGUCGGCCAUUAGAGCUAGAACCUUAAGGUCACCAGUUGAAUGGUGGAUGCAAUAUGGUCAUAAUGUCCCAAACUUGCAACAAUUUGCUAUUAGAGUGCAAAGUUUACCUUGUAGCUCAUCCGGUUGCGAGAGAAAUUGGAGCGUGUAUGAACAUGUGAGAACCUAUAUUACGUUAUUACUAAAUUAAAUGGUAUCUUAGUUGUCCAAAGUCCUCCCAUUAAUUACUUUCUACAUAUUCUAUGCGGAUUCAUACAAAAAAGAGAAACAGACUUGAGUUAAAACGCCUGAAUGAUCUAGUGUUCAUCAAAUAUAAUAGAACAUUGGUGCGUCGCUACAAUGCUCGCAAUACCAUUGAUCCAAUUUUAUUGGAUAAUAUUGAUGAUGCAAAUGAAUGGUUAACUGGAGCACCCCAAAAUCAUGAAGAUGAAGAAGUAUAUGAAGGAGAAGGUCUCACUUAUGGUGAAGUUGCUACGGCUAGUGGUGUGGAGGAGAAUAUUUAUGGUUUUAGGGGGAGUACUUUAAGGGGCAAGGAAAAAAGAGUAGCUACAGGUUCAAGUUCAUGUUCAAAAUCAAAUAGAAGUAGAACUCUUGUUGAUGAGUCCUCCGAUGAGGACCAAGUAGAAGUAGAACCCUUGUUGAUGGCACUUCAAGAGUUUGAGGAUCUUGUUGAAGAAUAGGAUUUUGCUCUCUUUGUGAUUUGGUUAUGCAUUUGCUUUAUAUGUUGUUACUUAUGAGGAUUAUUGACU